AUGUGUGGGAUACUUGCUGUUUUGGGUUGCUCUGAUGAGUCUCAGGCCAAAAGGGUCCGAGUGCUUGAGCUCUCUCGCAGGUUGAAGCACCGUGGUCCAGAUUGGAGUGGGCUCUAUCAGCAUGGUGACUUUUAUUUGGCUCAUCAAAGGCUUGCAAUUAUUGAUCCUGCUUCUGGUGAUCAGCCUCUCUAUAAUGAAGACCAAGCCAUCGUUGUCACGGUGAAUGGAGAAAUUUACAACCAUGAAGAACUGAGGAAGAAUUUGCCAAAUCACAAGUUCCGAACAGGCAGUGACUGUGAUGUUAUCGCCCAUCUGUACGAGGAACAUGGCGAAAAUUUUGUGGACAUGUUGGAUGGAAUGUUUUCAUUUGUUCUGCUGGACACUCGGGACAACAGUUUCAUUGUUGCCCGUGACGCCAUUGGGAUCACCUCCCUCUACAUCGGCUGGGGACUUGAUGGGUCUGUGUGGAUUUCAUCUGAAAUGAAAGGUCUGAAUGAUGACUGUGAACAUUUUGAGUGCUUUCCACCCGGUCAUCUGUACUCGAGCAAAACGGGUGGAUUGAGGCGUUGGUAUAAUCCUCCUUGGUUCUCCGAGGCUAUUCCCUCAACCCCAUAUGACCCACUUGCUCUGAGACAUGCAUUUGAAAAGGCUGUGGUUAAAAGGCUAAUGACUGAUGUGCCUUUUGGAGUUCUUUUUACAAAGGCUGCUAGACAAUGGGGGGCACAACUUCAUUCCUUCUGUGUUGGCCUAGAGAAUUCACCAGAUUUGAAAGCUGCCAGAGAAGUUGCAGAUUAUUUGGGAACCGUCCACCAUGAAUUUCACUACUCGGUUCAGGAUGGUAUUGAUGCCAUUGAAGAUGUCAUAUACCAUAUUGAAACAUAUGAUGUUACAACCAUCAGAGCAAGUACCCCUAUGUUCCUUAUGGCUCGUAAGAUCAAGGCACUAGGGGUGAAGAUGGUUCUUUCUGGUGAAGGUGCAGAUGAGGUUUUUGGUGGGUAUUUGUACUUUCACAAGGCACCUAACAAGGAAGAGUUCCACCGCGAAACAUGUCGCAAGAUAAAGGCCCUUCACCAAUAUGACUGCUUGAGAGCUAACAAAUCAACAUCUGCUUGGGGUUUAGAAGCCCGUGUCCCCUUCUUGGACAAGGAUUUUAUUAAUGUUGCAAUGGCUAUUGAUCCAGAAUGGAAGAUGAUCAAACCUGGACAAGGACAUAUGGAGAAAUGGGUUCUUAGGAGAGCCUUUGACGACGCUGAGCAUCCUUAUCUGCCUAAGCAUAUUCUGUACAGGCAGAAAGAGCAAUUCAGUGAUGGUGUUGGCUAUAGUUGGAUUGAUGGUCUCAAAGCUCAUGCUGCCCAACAUGUGACUGACAAGAUGAUGCAAAAUGCUGAGCGCAUCUUUACACACAAUACCCCAAGCACGAAAGAAGCCUAUUACUACAGAAUGAUUUUUGAGAGGUUCUUCCCACAGAACUCAGCCAGGCUGAGUGUUCCUGGAGGAGCCAGUGUAGCAUGCAGCACAGCUAAAGCUGUUGAAUGGCACGCUGCCUGGUCCAACAAUCUCGAUCCUUCCGGCCGGGCUGCGUUGGGUGUGCAUCUUUCUGCUUAUGAUGAUCAGCAGGCAGCUCUUGCCAAUGCCGGAGUGGUGCCACCAAAGAUUAUCGACGAUCUUCCUCGAAUGAUGGGAGUUAGUGCUCCAGGAGUUGCGAUCCAUAGUUAG